CGCCAAAUAACCUAUGACCUUCCAUUGCCCCAGAAUGGAUGAAAGUGCCCAGACAAACAUGGUCAUUAAGUCAUCAUCUAUUGUGGAGGAUUAUGAAGUCCGUUGGCGCAAAAGUCUGGGCACAGGAGUCAGUGGGCCUGUUAGAUUGUGUAUAAAGAGAAACACAGGGGAGAAAUAUGCCCUGAAAUGUCUUCUGGACAGCAAAAAAGCCAGGACUGAGGUGACGUUACACCAGCGCUGCUGCCCUCACCCCAACAUCGUCCAGAUCUACGAUGUGUACUGUAACAGUGUGCAGUUCCCGCGGGAGGCCGUCGCUAGGAGUCGCCUGCUGGUUGUCAUGGAGCUGAUGAACGGGGGCGAGCUGUUUGAUCAGAUCAUCAGAGAGAGGCACUUCACCGAGAAAAAGGCAGCAGCCAUCACAAAACAGAUUGUCUCAGCUGUGUUCCAUUGUCAUUCCCUGAACAUUGCCCACAGAGAUCUCAAACCUGAAAACUUGCUACUCAAGGAAAAAUCUGAGGAUCUUCAAAAUGUCACCAUCAAGCUGGCAGACUUUGGGUUUGCUAAGGAGGAUGUAGGACUGGUGACCCCACAGUUCACACCAUACUAUGUUGCACCUCAGGUUUUAGAAGCCCAGAAACAGCAGAGACUGGAGCGGUCAGGACUGAAGACACCACCGGGAACACCCUACACUUAUGACAAGAGUUGUGACAUGUGGUCGGUUGGUGUGAUCAUCUAUAUCAUGCUGUGUGGCUAUCCCCCAUUCUUCCCCGAGACCCCCAGCAAACAGAUGACCCCUAACAUGAAGAGGAAGAUCAUGGCGGGCGAGUAUCGCUUUCCCAAGAACGAAUGGAGCGUGGUGUCAGACAUGGCCAAGGAUGUCAUACAGAGGUUAUUAGAAGUGGACCCAGUGAAAAGGAUGACAGUACAGCAGUUAAUUCACCAUACCUGGCUCCUGGGUGAGGAGGCCCCUGAACUAGCAUUACUGUCCCCUGCCAUCAUGCAGGACAAGGAUGCCUUGCAUGAGGUGAUGCAUGCCCACGCCCAGCAGCUGACGGUGAUGAGGACACCAGACACGACCUUUCAACUCAAACCUUUGACCUCCGCAGAAAACCCCAUCCUGAAGAAGAGACUGAAGGCCCGCUAGCCCAGGUCUUCUCUUUGGGAGCGGGUGGAGGGCUGGGGUGGAAUCUCUGUACACUGUACACACCUACUAUGUAGUUAACUCUCGUCACAUGCAUUGUAGGUCAGUGUCGGGGCUGGAAGUCAAAUUUAACUCAAACUUGAUUUGAUUCAUAUAGAAAGGUAGGUGUGGCCUAAAUCUGGACAGACUGCUCCCAAAAUUCAGCCAACCUUGCUUGCUUGGUGACAGUGUGACAGGGGCUCAAGCAAGACCUGUUGGUGUGAAAAAGACUGUAUGUGCUCAAAUGCUGGCACUAAUCUCUAGUGCUGUGCUAUGCUGCCACAAUGCCUUUACAAAACCUGACUUUAAAUCUACAUAUACCAAUUAAUUCACUGUUCAUGUAUUUUCACUUUUGUAAUGAAGCAAAGGCAAGUAUUAACACUAGAACUAGGGCACAAAAAAGAAUUCUUAGAUAUACAAUGUAGCUACACGUAAUUGUUGGGAACUUGUAAAUUUUUGGAACAGUACAUAAUUAUACAUAUAUAUCUUACUACUUGAGGCAAGCUCUUAUGAGAAAGUUUACACCAUGAAAGUUAUGCAAUGUUACUAUUGGAGAAACACGUGUUAAACUAUUCAAGUGCAACAAUGGCCAUGGCGUGGCCAGACUGGCAGAAGAAAUUUUGUUGCUUAUUCAAGAUUAACUAGUUGAUAGGAAGAUAAUCCCAAAGCCAAGCUUGUGUUGAUCUAAUGCUUCCUCACCUGCACACAAUACAUGCUCUUAAGGUAAAAAAGGUUAAAACUGAAGUCAAGCAUGAUGCUUUUUCAAUGCGGUGGUGAUAUGGCUCGCAUCUUCACCCAAGAUGUUGUGUGUUGGACUCGUUUACUCUUUUGUGUUUGAUUGAUUAGCAAACCUUAACUAUGCUGACUGUAAAACACACUGCAGGGUAAGAUCCAUGAUGUACACUGAGGAUUGUUGCAGUUUCUGUGCUUAUGAAGCCGUGGUGUGCUGCUAUAUGUUGUCUUUGCCCACAGGUGUUCUCUACCAAACCAAGAUAUAGUUUCUGACAGUACAUUUUUCUGACUGCUGGUAUUCCAAACUGUUGCAAAGGUCAACCACAUCAAAGAAAUUAUUUGGCUGAUAAUGAAAUCAUUUUGUUUUUAAUGCACUGGGUGAUAGGACUAACAUACUGUCAAAAUAAAAUACCCUGGCAACCCUGCUUUGUGGCUCAGAUAGCAUAAUGUUCUUAUAUAUAGAGAGUGUAUGCUGCCAAGAUUAUAUAGACAAUGAUAAGAAGAAAUAGCAGUACAUUCAGCACGAGAUUCUAUAUGUACAACCAUGUGUAUUCCAACUAAUAAAGCAAUAUGGUAUUACUAAUGAUGGACUAUAAGUGAUUGAUGAAGAUAUACUGUCAAUUUUGUUUUUACUUCUAGAUCCCAUAUGUUUCAAGAGUUGUUUUACCAAUUAUGAUGUACAUGGUGGUUUUUGUUGCUUCAUGUCUGUAUAAAAUCAUAAUGAGAUUUUAUGAACAAAAUUUGUGUAUUAACAUGAAGAAGUUUUGUUACUUAACUCCAGGAGAGAUAGAGUCAUAUACAGGGAUUUUUUACAGGAUGUUAUUUUACUGUCACAUGUAACAGGCUUAAGGGAAGAGCUGCUCAAUUUACAAUAUUGGAGCAAUUGAGUCACUGGGACUUAUGAAAAUGUUUUCAUUUAUUACGUCAGAAUACACCAGAAUUAUACAUCA